GGACAAGUCUCAGUGGAGGAAUAGGAGAAGAGCAUGCCUGGCUGUCUCUGGGCACCUACAAAUUUUUAAGUUGAGAUAAAAUUUCUGUAUGUUGAUGGGGUGUGGAAUAAUCCGGUACUUAUAUGCCCUGUGUUAUGACUGGAUUAGGGGCCCCGCCGCCGCCAUGUCCGGCUCGUUCGAUCUCUCGGUGCAAGAUCUCAACGACCUGCUCUCGGACGGCAGCGGCUGCUACAGCCUCCCGAGCCAGCCCUGCAACGAGGUCAUCCCGAGGGUCUACGUGGGCAACGCGUCUGUGGCUCAGGACAUCUCCCAGCUGCAGAAAUUGGGCAUCACCCACGUCCUGAAUGCUGCCGAGGGCAGGUCCUUCAUGCACGUCAACACCAAUGCCAACUUUUACAAGGAUUCCGGCAUCAUCUACUUGGGCAUCAAGGCCAAUGAUACACAGGAGUUCAACCUCAGUGCCUACUUUGAAAGGGCCGCGGACUUCAUUGACCAGGCCUUGGCAUACACUAACGGCCGGGUGCUUGUCCACUGCCGUGAGGGGUACAGCCGCUCCCCAACGCUAGUCAUCGCCUACCUCAUGAUGCGGCAGAAGAUGGACGUCAAGUCUGCUCUCAGCAUCGUGAGGCAGAAUCGUGAGAUCGGCCCCAAUGACGGUUUCCUGGCCCAGCUCUGCCAGCUCAAUGACAGACUAGUCAGAGAGGGGAAGGUGAAACUCUAGGUGCCCACGCCCCUUCUGCUGAGGUCUGACUGCCAUGCUUAGGACACACAGUGUACUCUGUUCCCAGUGUCACAAGGCACUUGCCCGUAUGUCUGUCCCGUUGUGGCCCGGGGCUGCUCCACCCUUAGGGAGCACAUGAAGAAGCACUAAGGAGGGCGUUCUUGCUCCUUGGCUGUCCUUUCCUGUA